GUCAAUAUAAAUAAAUAGUACUCGGGUGUAUAUAUAUAUAUAUAUUUAUGUUGUUAAUUAAGCUCAUUGUUGCUUUAGUAAAACCACUAAACUUUUCAAAGUCGUCUGAUUGAUACGUUUUAUUGAGCACUUUCACGAUCAUACAACUGAACAGAUUGUCUUCACUUACAUCCUUCGGAUUUACUGAAUUAUACUUGGUUCUACUGGCAGUUUUUAUUGCUGGUAGAAGGUGAAUUGACAAUUGUGAAUAAGAAGAAAAUUGUGAAUUCCACGAAUGAAUAACACACUGAUUGUGGAAUGUGUUCACUUGGAAUUCGAUUUCUGAUUAGCUAAGAUGUUUCUAUAAGAUGCGAUUCUCAAACGAGCUACAUUACCAGUAAAUUUAUCAUCACGACGCCUAUUGUAUUUACACUACAAGUGAAUUCGUGUUUUGAUAUUUUUGUCACUGUGUAUUCGUGUAAAGGCAAAGACAAAGUAUACAUCAGUUGUAAAGAACAAUGCCUGAUAAAGACAUGCUGAUUCGAUUGUUCUACAAACUCGAUACCAGUGGUGACGGUUCAGUUUCACGAAAGGAACUAUUCGAAGGACUACAGAGGGCUGGAGUUUCACCAACCAUUUUACAGAGACUGAUGGAACGUCUUGAUUUAAAUGGGGAUGGAGUAAUCACACUCUGCGAAUAUAAAACAGCCAUCGGGGCAAAUAAAUAAUGAGAAGGCAAUAGACUUUUCUCUAUGCAUAAUUUACGUUGAAUUCACACAUGCAGCAUUGACAUUCCUGAGAUUUUGAAGGUGUUUUUAUGCUGUUCUCUUGGCUAGCUCAUUAGAUUUAUUCACAGAAAGUUGGGGUUCAUCAAUUUUAUCGCUGUAUAAUAACUUAAUUUAUAGUCACUAUCUUUUCUAGCAAAUAUCUUUGAAUUAUACUUUAAAUGACUUUUGUUUUACUACACAAACAACCAAGAUAGCAGACGUGUGAAGCUUACAAAUUUUAUCAGUAUUCAUUUUUACGUUAGUUUGUUUGUUGGAUGUCCAUAGCACGAAACAUUUCGAUUACG